GACGCGCGAGGUCGACCGCGUCGGACCCGCGGCGAGGGCCAACAUCCCGCCGGAAGGCUGCGAGCGGCAGCGGCGGGGGCGAAAUUGGAUUCGAUUUCGUAGAGAGGACGAGGAGGGCGCGAGCGAAGAAGAAGACGUCGCGAAGAAAAGAUGGGGGGGUUGUUCAAGCAGUUCGCGAAGUCCGUGCUCAACGACCUCGCGUCGUAUCGCACGCUGAAGGUGGUCAAGAUCAGCGACAAGAGGCUGGCGUACACGCACAAGCUCCUCAUGAUCGCGAUCGUCGCGUACAGCGUCCUCACCCUGAUUGGCCUGCACUCGUACAUGCUGAAAGAGAAGCCGGACAUCCACAUGGACGUCACGUUCGACGACCAGAACGUCGAGACCGCGGUCGCGAACUCGGCGAACUCGGCGUACUGCGGCGCGAGCGGCGCCGCGAACGCGGCGUACGACUUCUCCGGCGACGCGACGUACGGGUAUGCCGCGUACACGUCGAACCAGUGCGUCGCGGGGUUGCGCUUGGCGGACGUGACGUACUCGGACGCGGACUCCGCGAAGGUGUACACGCACUACUCGUCCACGACGUGGACGUCGACGAACGACUGCGCGACGAGCGUCGCUUGCGAUAAGACGAUUCCGUCGGCGACGAGGAACGGGAUCAACGCGUUCACGCUCACGAGCGAGCUGUACACGAUGAGCAUCAAAGCCACGUUCAUGACGUCGUGGGGAGAGACGGGCGUCCCGGUGAAAGUCUUCGUCUUGGACUCGACCGGGAAAUUGGACAACACUUUUUCGACGUCGUCGACGAAUUUGUACACGCAAUACCCGAACUACACCGUGGCCGCGUUCGCGGCGCUGAGCGGAUACACGCUCGACACGGAGAACUCGCUGACGGUGUCGGAUACCUUCACCGGGAAUUUGCCGGUCUAUCGGCUCACGGGCAUGGAGCUCUCCGUGAAUGUGGACUUUUCAAACUUCCGCGCGAUCAACGAGUACGAUCCGUUCAACUUUGACGAUCACGCGACGAUGACCGUGAGGCUCAUCAACGGGGGGGACUUCGUCUCGCCCGAGUACAAGAACGUGGACUUCAACGCUGUCACCUUGGAGGCGGCAACCGCCGGGGCGACGUACGAAUUCCGAGGCGUCUACUUAGACUUCCAAUCCAGCGGCCUCAUGGGCGUCUUCGACUGGUACACGAUGAUCGUCGCGAUCAUCGCGUGCUUCGUCCUCAUCGGCAUCGCGACGAGCGUCAUGGACGUCCUCGGCGCGUUCGUCUACGACUCGUUCAAAAACGACAAGUACGAGGACGACGGCGAACGGCAGCACAUCGAGCACAUGAUCUUAAACAUGGAGACGAACGGCGUGCCGUUCAGACACGACGACUUUCAGGUCAUGCCGAACGUCAGCAUUCGAGACUUCCUCAAGGUACUCCAGAGAGACAUCGUGAAGCUGUCCACGCUCGCGCAUCACAUGAGCAGAGAUCUCAGCGCCGCGGGGCUCAACCGGCACACGAUGGAGAUUGCUCAGAUCGACGCGAGCGCCGUGAAGGCGGCGCGAUUCGUCUGCGUCCUCAUCGGCCCGGACCGAAGCGAGCUGUUCCUCACAGGCGGCCCGCAGACGUUAGGGCGCGGGCACGGCGGGAUGCACUCGAAGAAGAUCUCGCACAAGCAGCUGAGCGUCAUCGCGAACACGCACACGGGCGCGGCGCUCGUCCGGGGGCUCCCGACGAAGAACUGCAGCGGCGUCGCGCUCGGUGGAGGGCCGUGGCAGACGUUGACGGAGAACGACGAAGUGGAGAUCAUGAACGGGGACAUGAUCGGGCUCGUGUUGGAGGAGGCUGCGGACGAGGAUGAGACGAUGGUGGAGGGGGUGUUCAUGUUCAAGGCGUACCCGCAGGAGGACAAGAAGAGCGAAGGCGGCGGGUGGUUCGGCGGCGGCGGGAAUCGCGCGUGAUUGGAUCGACGUCGUCGUAGCCCUGCGACGUUUACAUAGAAUUUCUACUGACUUCCCUCCUCACUCC